AAAAGAAGUAUGCAAUUGCGGACCUUGAGGUUACUCUUGGUGACGAUAAACAUUUGGAUGUGUGCGUAAUAGCGCACAAUUGGAUGAGUGAAGACGGAGAAAAUUGCCUUUAUCCUACUUAUUUAGCCCCUAAAAAACAAGGCAUUGCGGCCAAGAAAUGCAUGGAGCCCACUGCAAAAUUCAACACCUAUCCGGCUACUAUUCUCCUGUCUCAUGCUUUGAUCAUUUACUUUCUUGAUUUUGAUCACUGUACCGACACCUUAAUUUUAUUCUUAUUUCUGGUGACAUAUGAGGAAGCAAGGAGGAAGCUGGAACGGGCUGUUGAGAAAACUGACCUAGAAUCUGAUGCAGAUAGAGACAAAGGAAAUCGAGGUUUUCGCAAGAGAAAACACUUAACAGAUUUGUCAUGGUCCGAAGAUGAAGGUGAUGAAAAUCCGACAAAAGUGGGGAAGUCUCAACCUGCUUCACAGAAGGGCAUUAGUCUUCCUUUGCCAACAUUUACUUUCUCGACUGGAGCUGGAGAAACAGAGGAUUCCAGGAAAACCAGUGAUGGUUCAACAUCCUGUCUGGCUGCCACAGUUAGUAAAGGCUAUAAUCUACCUUCAACUGAAUCACAAAGUACCCAUGCCCAGACCAAAGAUAAGGGCUUGGAUUUUGGCUCCAUCACAAGUGACAUUACUAAGUCCCAGAUGAGCUCUACAGUCUCAUUAACACCUUCUCCUCGUGGCGCAUUAAAGACAAUGACUGCUUUACCUAAAAGGCUAUCACUUAAUGUUAACCAACCGGACUCCAGUAAUAGCAAGAAGCAAUUAAAUCGGGGCAGCAAAACGUCUGUCAAUGUUUCCAAGUCCAAUAUCAACACUAAAAAAAAACAAUUCAGCCAGAGCAAGGACAGAAUAAGUGAUAAAGAGCCUAUAGGAAAGCUACAAAAGUUUGCAAAAAAACAUUCCAAUGUUAGUAAACACAAAAAUAAAAAAAAAUAAAGAGAGAAUAAAAAAAGCAACAACAGAUAAAUCUCAAC